ACGUGGGUGUAAAGGUGGGUGCUUGGGGGUGCAAACCCAUGGUGUGGGGGCUCAGACAAUGGUGGGCAGGGGGCGUGGGCAUGGGUGCACACAUGCACAGGGAAACAUGGAUACACCUCUGGAUGGGCCAAAUCAGUGUGGACACAUGGGUAGGGACAGAUGGACAGCUGGACACUGAGGCUGGCUGUGCCCCCACCACCUCCUCAGUGCCUUGGCACUGCCAGACCAUGCCCAGUGGCACCUCCAAACCAUUCUUGGGGGACAAAGCACUCACAAGCCUCUCCUGGGCUCUGGGUGAGGGCACUGGGCAUGGGGGCUGUUGCAUGGUCCUGCACCCCCUGUCCUAAACCCAGGCUGGGGCUGGAUCCCUGUAUCCCCAGUCUCAUUCUUUGCCCAUUGAGGACUUGCCACAGGCAGGGUGGCCCUGCCAAAGCCCACUGUCCCUCCCUGGGGGGCUGCUGGCCACCUUGUGCCUCAGUUUUCCUUGUGCCCUGGUGGGUGGGCACCCCGCCAUGGUCUCCCUGAUAACCCCAUCAGUAUUUCACUCUUGGCAGUACGUGGGCCCUGAGGAUGUCAUGGGGUCCCAGCUGGGAUUGUCUGGGGCCAGCUGGCUUGUGCCCAGGGGAGGGCUGGGGGGGGCCUGGCAUUGCCCACCCCUCAGUGCUGCCCCAUCCCCAUGGGAUCUGCCCCAGCCCUGCCAGCAGGGUUGGGUGGAACCAGGCAGGGUGGGCACUUCACCCCAUCACCCAUCUGUCCUUCCACCUGUGCACCCACCCACGUGUUUGUCCAUCCACCCACCCCACCACCCACCUGUCUGUCUUUCCACCCUCCCGCCUGUCUGUCUGUCUCUCCCUCCGUCCAUCCACCUAUCCCGGGGGUGGUCCCCGGUCCUGGGCACAGGGACAUGCCUGUCCUUUGCCACUGCGGUCCCUGAGGUGGUGGCCACUGUGUGCUGUGGGGUGCCGGUGCCUGAGCCAGGGGAGUGGUACCACCUCCCACGGGUGACAGGAGACACAUUGCCAUGGUGCUUGGUGCCACUUGUCCUCUUGGAGCCAAUAAAGGUGCCCGUUGCCCUGGGCGUGGAGAGCAGGGCUCGACAGCAGCGGGGGACAGGAGCUCACUUUCAGGAGCAGGAUCCAGCCGUGCUCCAGCCCUGCUCCAGCCCUCCACUCAAAAAUGCCGAGGCCUUUGCAGCCCCUCUCGCUCCUGGUCCUGCUCGUCCUCACUGCCACCGCCCAGGGACAGGCUGACACGGGCCCCAAGGUGCUGCAGCCGUGGCUCAUUGGCCUCACGGCCGUCGUUGUCUUCCUCUUCAUCGUCUUCGUGAUGCUGCUCGUUAACCGGCUCUGGAAUCUCAGGAGGCGCAGGAAGGAGAACGACUACCCGGAGACCCUGGCGACUGACAGGCUGGGGCGCUCCGGCCACGUCAACCCGGCGGCUGAGGACUGGGAUGAGCUGAGCGACGACAAGCAGCGGAGCAAGGCCACGUCCUUCUGAGUCCCCCCGGCCCCCCCCUCUGCCCGCUCCGCAGCACCUCCGACGGGCGCCGCACCCUCACCCCGUCCGCGGGACGGGGAUCCGCGCCGGGUUUCGGCGACAGCCGUGGCCACCGUGGCACCUCCCGCCAUGCGGCCGCCCCGGCUGUGACCAAGACCCGGCGCGGAUCGCCCGCUCGCCGGAGCGGAGGGGGGGACGGCAGCGGGGCCUCCCCGUGUCCCCCAACCCUGGGCCGGCGGGGGGUCCCGGCCGCGGGGGGACGAGAUCAGCCCCCUCCCCAGACAUACCUAGUAAAGGUCCCCAGCCUGCCCCGAGUGAAGCGUCUGGUGUCACCGUGCUGGGGAGGAGGCUGUGCGGCACCCCCGGGUGCCACUAGGGCAGGGGACAAUGGCAAGUUCCAAGCUGCCAGACCUCAGCGACCUCGGCAGGGCGAGAGCCGGUGUCCAUGUCCAGCCACAUCGCUGCCCGACAACCCCGGACCGAGGGGUGGGCACCGAGGGGACACAGGGGGCUGGGGAGCACCGAGGAGGUCCUGAGCAGUGCUUGGGGACAGGGACCGUGGGGACCGCGGGGGUGAAGCGCAGCUUCGGCCAACGCUGACCUACGGGUGAGGACAGUGACGUCACGCAGCCAGGCGAUGACGUCACGCGCACGAGAUGGUGACACCCCGUGGCCAAGGUCUGGAAGCAGAGGAAGCGGCAGCAGCUCUGAACCCCCACGUGAACCACGGCUGCCCCCACCCAUGUCCCUGUCUCCAUCCUGUCCCUGCCACCUCGCGGCCCCGCCUGAGGCUGGGGGUGCGCCCUGCGGGGUCCCAGCUCUGUCACCCUCCUCAUCCGGCCCAAGAGCAGUAAUGGGUGCGGGUCCCUCCUCUGGGGUGAUGGGUGCUUGGCUGGGCUCUGCUCUCCCCAGCGCCCCCCUCCUCCGCUGGGACACUCGUGUUCUCCCCGGUUGGACGCUGUGCCUCAGUUUCCCCCGGGGGCUGCAAAGGAAGGGCGGAGGCGAGCUGGAGUUGAAGCAUAGCUUGUUUAAUUUUUAUACAUUUUUUUUUUGUCUUUUUUUUUUCCUUUUCAUUUUUUAAUCUUUUUUUGUGUGUCAGUUUUUUCUUUUUUGUUUUUUUCUUCUUUUUUGUCUCUUUUUUCUCUUUUUUGCAUAGGGGGGAACAACAACAACAGAAAAAAAAAAAAAACCAACGGAAAAAAAAAAAAACCAAAACCAAAACAAAAGAAACAAAACAGAAAAGAAAACCAAAAAAAAAACCCCAAAAAUCCGUAUCAGGGUCAGUAAGUGUAUGUAGGCAGGAGCGGCGCUAUCGGUAAUGGCUGCGUACAAUGGUAUAAUCAAAUAUCGUGAAGCACCAGGGAGGCGAGCGGGGGCUCGGGGGGGUCAUGCGGGGCCAGGGGGCGCGGGGGGCGCAGCGGGGGGGGCCCGGCCCCGGCUCGCGGCCCUGGUGCGCUCGCGGUGUGUAUCGGCUGCGGCAAAGCGAAAGCGAGAAUCCGGCGAACGAG